UUCUCCUAUGUUGCAUGGCGAUGAUCACUGGCGGAAGUGUACCAGACUCCUCAUCGGGGAACCCUCCGGCCGUGAAAAUAGGCUAUUACCCACCUUCAGAUGAUUUUCCACCUUCAGCCAUAAAUACUUCAUUCUUUACUCACAUCUACUAUGCCUUUCUAGUGCCUAGCAACGUUACAUUUAAAUUGGAGCUGACAGAUGAAACUGCAUUGCUCCUCUCAAACUUCACCACCACCCUCCGCCACAAAACUCCGCCGGUGAAGACCCUUCUGUCCAUAGGUGGCGGUGGCGGAGAUGAAGAAUUAUCACGCAUCUUUGCUAGCAUGGUCUCAAACCCCUCCUCACGGUCAAACUUCAUUGACUCCGCUAUAGAAGUUGCCCGUAAGUUUGGGUUUGAUGGACUGGACCUCGACUGGGAGUAUCCUGAAAGCCCAAAAGAAAUGAAGGCCUUAGGCCACUUGCUGAAACAAUUGCGCCGCAAGAUUAAGAAAGAGGCCCAGGACACUAAAAGCCCUCCUCUAUUGCUCACGGCCGCCGUCUACUUCUCCGCCGAGUUCUUCUUGGAUGCCGUAAUCCGCUCGUAUCCGAUCAAGUACAUGGAAAAGUACUUGGAUUGGGCGAACAUAAUGUGCUUUGAUUAUCACGGGGCUUGGAGCAAUAUUACAGGGCCCAAUGCGCCAUUAUUCGACCCAAAUAGUAAUGUGAACUCUGUUUACGGGCUUAGGUCAUGGAUUAACGGUGGCAUGAGCCCAAAGAAGCUCGUAAUGGGUCUUCCACUUUACGGCCGGACAUGGGUACUCAAAGACCCUAAAGAUAACGGUAUUGGAUCCAUUGCUAUUGGCCCAGGCCCAGGUGGUGGUCAACUUAGCUUCAAGGAGUUAGAGGUCCUUAACAACGCCUCGAGCGCCACUGUCGUGUAUGAUGCUGAUACCGUAUCGGUAUACUCUUUCAACGGCUCAACUUGGAUUGCAUUUGAUGAUGCCAAUACAAUAACCUCCAAGGUGGGUUUUGCUCAGGCUCUUGGGCUUCGUGGGUACUUCUUUUGGUCCGUCGCUCAAGAUAGCAAUUGGAAGAUCUCAGCCCAAGCUUCAAAAUCAUGGAUUCUUUGAUGAAUGAGGAAAGGGGCUGCUUCCUUGGUGCACAAUCUUUUUGGCCAUAGGCGGCUACAACCCCGCCAACUGUCAUCGAUUAAUUUCAGUACUUCCAGUCCCAGAGUUCCAG